AUGCUGGCGGCAGCACGGGUCCUCCUCCGCUCGGGGACCUUGCGGCUGCUCCUGCAGAGCCUCCUCCUCCUCCUGGCCUUCAGCCUCCGCUCCGCCGCCGCCUUCCCCAAGGGCUGCUACCCCUCGGAGGAGGAGGGGCUGAAGACCUUUCGCUGCAGCAACGCGCGGCUGACCGAGGUGCCCAGGGACAUUCCCAACGACACCAACAAACUCUACCUGGACUCCAACCGCAUCCCCUUCCUGCCCCGUGACGCCUUCCGGGACCUGCCGCUGCUGCUGGAGCUGGAUCUGUCCCACAACGCCAUCGCCAGCGUCGAGAGCGGGGCCUUCCGGGGCCUGGCGGAGCACCUGCACUCCCUGGAUCUGUCGUCCAACAGGCUGGUGUCGGGCAGCAAGGACGCCUUCAGCAGCCUGAAGGCCAAGGUCAACCUCUCCCCCUCGGGGGCCAUCGUCUGCGCCUCGGCGGCGCAGGAGGAGCACGUCGGCAAAGCCUUCCUCCAGGUGAUCGCCGACACGGACUUCUGCAACGCCUACAAAAAGACGACAGACAUUGCCAUGCUGGUCACCAUGUUCGGCUGGUUCGCCAUGGUGAUCUCCUACCUGGUCUACUACGUGCGGCAGAACCAGGAGGACGCCCGGCGGCACCUGGAGUACCUCAAGUCCUUGCCCAGCAAACAGCGCAGGUCGGAGGAGUCUUCCACCAUCAGCACCGUGGUGUGA